AUGGCCAUCAAGCAACUGUUAGUGUUUGUCGCCUCUCCUCCCCUGGACUCAGGCAGCUCCCAGCAGGAGGAGCCUAGCAUAAUGAGGAGGACUGAAAACUACCUGCCAGUCCCUGGCGAGGAGAAGAACCUGGAUGUGGACUAUGUCAACACCAAGCCCAAUGAGUCCAUACCAUUGAAAAAUCUUUACUCGGAUGAUGGCUCACCUCUGUCUCAUCGGCUCGGCCCGUACUUCUCUGAUGGCCGGCGGCGGGUGGACUAUGUGCUGGCAUACCAAAUACAGAAACCCGGCAGUAUCCGGCGACAGUCAUCCAGGUUUGGUGACAGCAACUUCAUCCGAAGGCUUAGACGCAGUAUGAGCAUGAGAAGCAGCCGAGCGCCACUGCAGCCCAAAGAAGACCCGGAGAUCGCUGCUCAGGAGCAACGGACUGACUAUCAUGAGGAUGACAAACGCUUCAGGCGGGAAGAGUUUGAGGAAAAUCUCCUGGAGACAGGGCUGGAGCUGGAAAAGGAUGAAAAGUGUAAAAUCCCUGGAAUCGGCUUCUUGAAGAUCCAUGCUCCUUGGAAUGUCCUGUGUCGGGAGGCUGAGUUUAUGAAGCUCAAGAUGCCAACAAAGAAGGUUUACGAGGUAAAACAAGGAAGUAACGUGGUGGAGAAGAUACGAUUGUUCAUUCACAAAGUCACAGCUCCUCUCCACCCAAAAGUGGAUGCCAACCGACCAGACAGUGUCAAAUCACUCUCUCACCCUUUCUCCAGAGAGAAGCAGCAUCUAUUUGACCUGUCUGACAGAGACAAGUUCUUUGACAGCAAAACCAGGAGCUCAAUAGUCUACGAGGUACUGAAGAGGACAAGGUGCACCCGAGCCAAAUACUCAAUGGGGAUCACCAGUCUGCUAGCCAACGGCGUCUAUACGUCUGCUUAUCCUCUGCAUGAUGGAGAAAUCGAGGGGGUGAAUGCAGAACCUAAUGACAGGAAGCUGCUGUAUGAAGAGUGGGCGAGCUACAGUGUCUUCUACAAGUACCAGCCUAUAGGACUCAUCAGGAAGUAUUUCGGGGAAAAGGUUGGACUAUAUUUUGCCUGGUUAGGAGUCUACACACAGAUGCUGAUCCCUGCAGCCAUCGUGGGAGUCAUUGUAUUCCUCUAUGGCUGUGCUACUGUGGAUGAUAACAUACCUAGUAUGGAGAUUUGUGAUGCCAGGAACAACAUCACCAUGUGUCCACUGUGCGACCGUGCCUGCAGCUACUGGAAGCUGGUGACAGCAUGUGGCACAGCCCGAGCCAGCCACCUCUUCGACAACCCCGCAACCGUCUUCUUCUCUAUCUUCAUGGCUCUCUGGGCGGUUCUCUUCAUGGAGCACUGGAAGAGACGUCAGAUGCGACUCAACUACAUCUGGGACCUGACAGGCUUUGGCGAGGAGGAGGAGGAGGAUCUCAAGGACCACAACCGUGCUGAGUAUGAGUUCCAUGUAAUGAAAAAGACCAUGAGACAGGAGCAUUCAACCCCCAAGGGUGAGAAAGUGAAGCUGACAUGUACAGACAGACUGCCAGCUUACCUGACUACAGUGGUUAUAAUGGGCUUUAUGAUCACUGUGACGUUUGCCAUAGUCUUCGGGGUCAUCCUGUACCGGAUUAGCAUUAAAGCAGCAUUGCACAUAAGCAACUACCCUGCAGCACGGUCCAACAUUCGAGCCACUGUCAAAACCACCGCUGCCAUCAUCAACCUUAUCGUCAUCAUCAUCUUAGACGAAAUCUAUGCUGCGAUUGCCCGCUGGCUCACCACGCUGGAGGUUCCAAAGACAGACCAGAGCUUUGAACAGCGGCUGAUCUUCAAAACUUUUAUUUUGAAGUUUGUCAAUGCCUUCACACCCAUUGUCUAUUUGGCCUUUUUCAGGGGCAGGCUUGUUGGGCGGCCAGGAAACUACCUGUAUGUUGUUGGAUCGUACAGAAUGGAAGAGUGCGCCCAUGCAGGCUGCCUCAUGGAGUUAUGCAUCCAGUUGUGCAUCACCAUGCUCGGCAAGCAGCUCAUCCAGAACAACCUGUUCGAGAUUGGCAUACCGAAACUAAAGAAACUGCUCCGGAAGAGGAAGUCAGAGUUGGACUCAAAGCAAGAAGAGGAGCUGAGCAACACAAUGUACCGGCAUGAGAAAGACCACAUCCUGGGUCCCUUUGUUGGCCUCAGCCCCGAGUACAUGGAAAUGAUCAUCCAGUUUGGAAUGGUGACUCUUUUCGUGGCCUCCUUCCCUCUGGCUCCACUCUUCGCUCUUCUGAAUAACAUCAUAGAGAUUCGACUGGAUGCUAAGAAGUUUGUUAUGGAGCUGCGCAGGCCGAUUGCGUGCAAAGCCAAAGACAUUGGUAUCUGGUACAAUCUCUUAAGAGGCCUCAGCAAGGUAGCAGUCAUUGUUAAUGCUUUUGUCAUCUCCUUCACUUCUGACUUCAUCCCACGACUCGUCUACCAGUACAUGUACAGUCCUGACGGAACCAUGCACGGCUUCAUCAAUCACACUCUGUCCUACUUCAACGUCACUGACUUUCAGGAAGGCACAGACCCUAUCCAGCCAAUGCACCUGGGCUAUAAAGUAGACAUAUGCAGAUAUAAAGACUACAGAGAGCCUCCCUGGUCGAGCACACCAUAUGAACUGUCCAAGGAGUUCUGGGCCAUUCUGGCAGCCCGCCUUGCUUUCGUUAUUGUCUUUCAGAAUGUGGUGAUGCUCAUGAGCGACUUUGUGGAUUGGUUGAUCCCAGACAUCCCUAAGGACAUCAGCCUUCAGAUCCACAAGGAGAAAAUCCUCAUGGUGGAGCUCUUCAUGAAGGAGGAGCAGGGCAAGAGGCUCGCAGCACGGGACAACCACAACCAGGACAACUACACUUCUCCCUCAUCCACCAACCAUAGCCCACCACAACCCCGCUCACGAACUGUGUCUCAAGCAAACUGUUGUUAA